GGAAAAUUUCGUUUUCCUAAUAUUUGUGAAUGUCUGCUACUUUGCUUCGUUUUAAUUUGGCUUUGAAAGAAAAUAACUGUUUCUGUUGAAAACGAGCUCCAAAGGAUCUGACCCGUGAAGGAAAGCUAGGGUUUCGAUUUUACCCGAAUUUUCUCGUGGAGCGGGAAGUUCACAUCAGAGAUGUUGAUCAGGAGAUUCGCUUUUCUCUUGAAUUUUUAGCUGGAUCGGUCUUAGUUAGGUUGUUUUUAUUUAUUAAAAAAAAUUACUUUUUAAAGCUUCAAGGUUCGAUAAUGGAUGAUGAUUCGUCUAUGGUGGCUGACAACGAUCAGGAUCGGGAGUUUCAGAGCCUUGAUGGAAGCCAAUCUCCUUCCCCUAUGGAGAGAGAGACGCCUCCCCAGAUGAAUGACCAAUCUCCUCCCGAAGGCGGAUCGGUUCCACCGCCUCCGUCUUCGGAUCCUAAUCCGACUAGUUCUCAACCGCAACCUGCUGCUCCUGUUGUGGGACAAGAGCAGCAGCCGCCGCAAGUCGUUGGCCCCAGGUGUGCGCCUACGUAUUCGGUGGUCGAUGCUUUGAUGGAUAAAAAAGAGGAUGGCCCUGGUCCUAGGUGUGGUCACACCUUGACGGCUGUGCCGGCUGUUGGUGAUGAAGGAACGCCUUCUUACAUUGGUCCUCGUCUUGUAUUGUUUGGUGGUGCCACCGCUCUUGAGGGUAAUUCUGGUGGCACCGGAACUCCUACUUCUGCUGGAAGUGCUGGCAUUCGGCUAGCGGGUGCAACUGCCGAUGUUCAUUGUUAUGAUGUACUUUCUAAUAAGUGGAGUAGGCUUACACCCUUUGGAGAACCACCAACCCCGAGGGCCGCACAUGUAGCAACUGCAGUCGGGACCAUGGUAGUUAUUCAGGGUGGAAUCGGUCCUGCUGGUUUAUCGGCUGAAGACCUUCAUGUUCUUGAUCUCACUCAACAACGGCCUCGUUGGCACAGGGUUGUUGUUCAGGGUCCUGGGCCAGGACCGCGUUAUGGACAUGUCAUGGCACUUGUGGGACAAAGGUAUCUCAUGGCAAUUGGUGGAAAUGAUGGAAAACGUCCACUCGCUGAUGUCUGGGCCUUGGAUACUGCCGCCAAGCCUUAUGAAUGGCGUAAGCUGGAACCAGAAGGGGAAGGUCCACCUCCCUGCAUGUAUGCAACUGCAAGUGCGCGUUCUGAUGGUCUUCUUCUCCUCUGUGGUGGAAGGGAUGCAAACAGUGUGCCGCUUGCCAGUGCAUAUGGACUUGCGAAGCAUAGAGAUGGACGUUGGGAAUGGGCAAUAGCCCCUGGUGUGUCACCGUCUUCCAGAUAUCAGCAUGCAGCAGUCUUUGUAAAUGCAAGACUUCAUGUGUCCGGUGGGGCUCUUGGUGGUGGACGCAUGGUUGAAGACUCAUCCAGUGUUGCAGUAUUGGAUACUGCAGCAGGUGUAUGGUGUGAUACGAAAUCAGUUGUUACUACUCCUAGAACUGGCAGGUACAGUGCCGAUGCAGCUGGUGGUGAUGCAUCUGUUGAGCUGACUAGGCGUUGUAGGCAUGCUGCUGCUGCAGUUGGUGAUUUGAUAUUUAUCUACGGUGGUUUACGUGGAGGGGUGUUACUCGAUGACUUAUUGGUUGCUGAAGAUCUUGCUGCUGCGGAAACAACAUAUGCUGCUUCUCAUGCUGCUGCAGCUGCAGCAACAAAUUCGCCACCAGGUCGAUUACCUGGAAGGUAUGGGUUUUCAGAUGAAAGGAACAGGGAGUUAUCUGAAUCAGCCUCUGAUGGCGCUGUUGUGCUGGGAAGUCCUGUUGCACCCCCUGUAAAUGGUGAUAUGCAUACUGAUAUAAGCUCUGAAAAUGCAUUACUUCCAGGAACUCGGAGAACGAAUAAAGGUGUGGAGUAUCUUGUUGAAGCAUCGGCAGCGGAAGCUGAGGCGAUCAGUGCAACAUUGGCUGCUGCCAAGGCACGACAAGUCAAUGGUGAAGUUGAACUCUCAGAUAGGGAUGGUGGUGCAGAGGCUACACCUAGUGGGAAGCCUACUUUUUCACUAAUCAAGCCAGAUUCUAUGGGAUCAAUGAGUGUUAGUCCUGCAGGGAUUCGUCUUCAUCAUAGAGCCGUGGUGGUUGCUGCAGAAACUGGUGGGGCCUUAGGUGGUAUGGUUAGACAGUUAUCCAUUGAUCAAUUUGAAAAUGAGGGACGGCGUGUCAGUUAUGGGACACCAGAAAGUGCAACAGCAGCAAGGAAACUAUUAGAUAGACAAAUGUCAAUCAAUAGUGUUCCAAAGAAGGUUAUAGCUCAUCUUCUGAAGCCUCGUGGGUGGAAGCCUCCUGUUCGACGCCAGUUUUUCCUAGAUUGCAAUGAAAUAGCUGAUCUCUGUGAUAGUGCAGAACGUAUCUUCGCAAGUGAACCAACUGUUUUACAGCUUAAAGCACCUAUAAAAAUAUUUGGUGAUCUGCAUGGACAGUUUGGUGAUCUUAUGCGCCUUUUUGAUGAAUAUGGUUCACCAUCUACAGCUGGAGACAUAUCAUACAUUGAUUACCUCUUCUUAGGGGACUAUGUUGAUCGGGGUCAACACAGUCUAGAAACAAUCUCCCUUCUGCUUGCACUGAAGGUUGAGUAUCAGCAUAACGUACACUUAAUACGGGGAAACCAUGAAGCUGCGGAUAUUAAUGCGCUUUUUGGCUUCCGAAUCGAGUGUAUCGAGCGAAUGGGUGAACGUGAUGGAAUCUGGGUGUGGCACAGAAUAAAUCGUUUAUUCAAUUGGCUACCUCUGGCUGCAUCGAUCGAGAAGAAAAUUAUAUGUAUGCAUGGGGGUAUUGGUCGUUCUAUAAAUCAUGUUGAGCAGAUAGAAAAUAUUCAACGGCCAAUUACAAUGGAAGCUGGCUCCAUUGUGCUCAUGGAUUUAUUAUGGUCGGAUCCGACUGAAAAUGACAGUGUUGAAGGUUUAAGGCCGAAUGCUAGAGGCCCUGGAUUGGUAACUUUUGGGCCUGACCGUGUCAUGGAGUUCUGCAACAACAAUGAUCUUCAGUUGAUUGUACGUGCACAUGAAUGCGUAAUGGAUGGAUUUGAGCGUUUUGCUCAGGGGCAUUUGAUAACACUCUUUUCCGCUACAAACUAUUGUGGUACUGCGAAUAAUGCUGGGGCUAUCUUGGUAUUAGGGAGAGAUCUUGUAGUGGUUCCUAAGCUCAUUCACCCUUUACCUCCAGCACUUUCAUCGCCUGAAACUUCACCAGAAAGACAUAUAGAAGACACAUGGAUGCAGGAGCUGAACGCAAAUAGGCCAGCAACGCCAACCAGAGGACGCCCACAAAAUGCAAACGACCGAGGAGGUUCUCUGGCUUGGAUGUGAGACAGACAGAGAGGCACUCGUGCAUAUACAUCCCACUCCCAAAACACUUGUAACAUCUGCCUCCUGGUGUUCCUCAUGUGUACAGAAAAAGAUGAGCGAUAGAUAAGAAACGAUGAGGUUUGGAGAUAUCAGGGGGGUGUGUAAAUUGAGAUGUUGAAAGGUUAGAGAAGUCAGUUUUGGUGGUGGUUAGUAGUGAUUUGUAGAGUUUAUUUGUUCGGGCUUUAGUGUCCUCUCUUUCAUUUCUAUUCAGUCUGCUGCUUUUUUCUACAAUAUCUUUCUUUUUCCUCUUCAAAUUAUCUUUUCGUUUUUGUUUGUGGUAUAGUUUCUUGGAGAGUGGAUACGAGUUGUUAGAAUGGUAAUGGUUGAUUAGUUGGAGGAUGGUCUAUCGUCUCUUUUAAUUCUGUAUCAUAGAGACGUUGGGGGCUUUUGUGUAUUUAAAUUAUUUAAUCCGUUCAUACUUUGUAACAUUUGUGUUGAUAUCAUGAUACGAAAAUUUUUCCUGGCUC